AUGGACGCAUGGGAAGAUGACCAGGCUGACCAGCGCUCGUGCCUCAUCUGUGGCGACCGUGCCACCGGUCUGCACUAUGGCAUCAUCUCGUGCGAGGGCUGCAAGGGCUUCUUCAAGCGCAGCAUCUGCAACAAGCGCGUCUACCGCUGCAGCCGUGACAAGAACUGCGAGAUGUCGCGCAAGCAGCGCAACCGCUGCCAGUACUGCCGUCUGCUCAAGUGCCUGCAGAUGGGCAUGAAUCGCAAAGCAAUCAGGGAAGAUGGCAUGCCAGGGGGAAGGAACAAAAGCAUCGGGCCUGUGCAGAUAUCGGAUGAGGAAAUCGAGCGGAUUAUGUCUGGGCAGGAGUUUAAGGAGGAGGCCAACAUGCCAGACCAGACCUGGAGCAACAAUGGGGACAGCAGCGACCAUAGUUCCCCCGGGAACGGGGUCUCCGAGAGCAACCAACCCUCUCCAGCCUCCACCUUAUCCUCCAUACGCUCUGUGGAUAUGAAUGGCUACACCACCGCUUUCAGAGAGCAGUACAUCAGCAACACCAUGACCACACACUACCAGUUCCUCCCGCAUCUGUUCAGCUACGCCACACAACCACGCAGCCUUUACCCACAAUCCCACACGCUGAUCAGCCAGCUGGUGGCAGCAGAAGAGCUAGCCCCAUUAGGAACACCCAUGCUCAUUGAAGAAGGAUACAGGGUGACCCAAGUGGAGCUGUUUGCCUUGCUGUGCCGGCUGGCGGACGAGCUGCUGUUCAGGCAGAUUGCGUGGAUCAAGAAGUUGCCGUUCUUCUGCGAGCUCACUAUCGAGGACUACACCUGCCUGCUCAGCUCCACCUGGCAGGAGCUCAUCCUCCUGGCCUGCCUGACCAUCUACAGCGCUCAGAUACUGGGGGACCUGGCUGACGUCACCGCCAAGUACACGCCCUCGGAUGAGGAGCUGCAAGGGUUCAGUGAGGAUGGGAUGGAGGUCAUGGAGAAGCUCAUAUAUCUUUUCCGCAAGUUCCACCAACUCAAGGUCAGCAACGAGGAAUACGCCUGCAUGAAAGCCAUCAACUUCCUGAACCAAGAUAUCCGAGGUGUCACCAGUGUUUCCCAAUUGGAGCAGCUGAAUAAGAGGUAUUGGUACGUCUGUCAGGACUUCACCGAAUGCAAGUAUCCACACCAGCCAAAACGCUUCCCAGAGAUUAUGAUGUGCUUACCAGAGAUUCGCUGCAUUGCAGGGAAGUUAGUACACGUCCCCUUGGAGCAGCUGCCCUUGCUGUUCAAAGCCGUCUUGCACUCCUGCAAGUCCAGCCUGAACGGCACCUAUCGCAGUGUGGGAUCCACCCCACCUGUGCCCAAGGGCACGGCCCCUGCCAACUGAGGUCCUGACGGCGCCGCACCACAUGUCCUCCCAUCAGCACAGGGGCGACACCCAGGAGCUGAGGCAUGCCUCUCCAGGGUAAAACAAUGUGAGGACAAGUGGGACAUAGCAGGCAGGGGUAAACUGACAUCCAACGAAAUGAAUGUGUAAAGCAGCUAUAUGUUAGUUUUGUUUCUUUAUGUAUUUAUUACCUGACAGAGCUGAAUGUAUACCGAGCCACAUUGUGCACAUGCUUCUGUUAAAACAAAAACAAAAAUGCACAAAAUGCAUCUUUUCUUCAGAGUUUACAAAGUGUGUAUCCAA